CACGUAACGCCAGUGGCCGACCUAUCAGAUUCGAUAAAGUGACAGCUUCCUCAUCUGUGCGCACGCUAAAGCCCUCUUCAGACCUACCUCGCAUAGCGUCUGAUGACACAGGGUGCUAGGCAGAGACCGUGGGGGCCGAAUGGCUCUGGCGCUCGUACUUCACCUAUUCUGCGGUGAGACGGACUCUCGGUCGCAGCACCUCGCGAAAAACUUGGAGUCGACUCCGUGUUGUCUACUGUAUCACAAUAAGCUAUCAGACCUUUCUGCGGAAUCUUUGGAGACUGCUCACCGCGUUGCGCGUUUAUGCGAAGAGAUAAUGACAGAGAAGCCAACCCAGUGGUUUGCGGAUCCCGGCGCCAAAAACAACGUAUCGGCCCGUGAAGUCCUUAAGGAUCAUAGGAACUACCUCGAAAAGAGGUUGGGGCAAUCAGGAGCGAGCGUACGAGACGAGCUUUACCGCAUCGCUAAAUCCGGACAGAAGAAAGAUGUGCAAGGGCAAGGUCAAGAGCCCAAAGGUGGUGAUAAGAUGAUGGAUCUAUUAACUUCAAUGCCGCUCGAGACUCUCGGCGAGUAUGUUAAAGCCGAGACUUCAGCACUGGAACGAGCACAAUCCGGCUUGAAUCAGAAGCGAUCCACAGGCAUCCGACGUGCGUAUUCGAGCACCCAAAAAUUCAUUGUGGAGUUCGAUCGUUUUCUCUCGGCUUACUCUGGGAUUGUCGAGAUCGUGAAAUCGGCGGAUCAGCAGUAUGGCGGAGUGGCGGCUGCGACGCUUUCCCUAUUAUUUUCGACUGUCAAGAUGAAGGUCAAAGACGAAGAGGCGAUUAUAUCUGCCAUGCAGCAGAUUUCGGAUCGCCUGCCUGACUUCAAGAUCUAUCGAAGGAUCUACCCUGACCCAUCGCUGGAAUCAAUGUUGGCCGACGCUUAUAGGGACAUCAUCCUCUUAGCAAGAGAGGCGACGUCAUAUUUUGAGGUAUCUACAUUCCGACGCCACAUACGAAGCAUGGGUAAGCCUCUCGAGUUUGAGCUCAUGGAGCAAAACAUGAGGAAUAACUUCAGUCGCAUAAGGCUGAAGUGCGAGACGCUUUUGGCUCAGCGUGUCGAUAGCCUUGCGGAGGAACUUGAAGAGAUGCAGAAGCGGAAUGAUAACUAUCUGAUCAUUGGUCUCCGAGCUUCUCUCUCCUUGGGCGACUAUCGACCGGCCGAGGCAAAGGAACAACUCGCAGGAUACCGAGAGUUUCUGCAUGCCAAAUUCGACAAGGAUAGACAUCGGCAAAAACUAGGACUGUCCGAUUUCCUGGCCGACGCUACGUGCCAGUGCUGGACCACUGGAGGGUCAGUGGUGCUAGUUAUGUCUGGUCGCAAUGAUUCCGGAAUACCUUCGGUCAGUGAGUCUUGGCUGUCGCCUGUCGCGGUAGAUUUGACGCAAGACCUCCUUGACCGUCAACGCGUCGUUGCUUUCGAAAUGUGCCACGACUCCAGCAUCUUAGAGGUCGUACUAGCGCAUCUCAUAUUCCAACUGCUAGAGAAGCGCCCCGGUGUAGUCCGAAGGGCGGACGACUGGAAAGAUAUCGAAUCUUCAAUCUCAAGCCGCUCCGACAGACAGGAAGGCCUAACAGCAGCGUUGCUGAGGAUUAUCGAUCUGCAAAAGGAGCCCGUUUUCAUAAUCUUGGACCGCCCGGAGCUGAAUGAAGACGAGGACGUGGCCGAGUAUAUCAGGACGAUGGUGCGGUUAGCUAGGGAGACGAAGGGAGAGCUCAAGGUCCUGAUAGUGCAGAGGUCUGAAUUGUGGGAUUUUGAGGAGAAUAGGUACGGGAUUAUGCCGAAGGGAGUCGAUCAGAAGCUCCUUCAGACUGUUCGGCUGGAUCAGCGACGGAUUAGGUAGUGGGACUAAAUUGUGGUGAUGCGACUCGAAAGGGUAGAGCAAGUGAAGCGAGGUGUCGGAACCAAGAAGAGCUAGCGCGCUAGACUCG